GCGAAACUGUUGGUGGGGGACCGCGAUGCUUCUACGCUGAGUUGCAGUCUCGAAGGUCAUCGGUUUCGGGGCAAAACCACGAAGUUGGUUGCUUCAAGCAGCUCAAGUGUACUUUAGGUUUCGGUGCUCUUGAGCAUGAUUGGUUGUUACAUCUUUUACUCCAAGUGGGUUGUCAGACUUGAAUGCGCGUUGGCCUUCAGAUAGUGAACUCCUCGUCGCUUUUAUCACCCUUCUUCAGAUGUGCUUGCAUCACAUUUUAUCUUACUACUGGCGUGCGCAGAUCUUUCUGAUGGAGGGAGAAUACCAUCUCUGUCUGGGAAAUGGCAAUCCAAUCGUCCUGUUUGGCUAACCUUUGACGGAGAACUGUUGCGUGUUAGACCUUAGGGUUCAGGAGCUAUGUGAGGAAAAUAUGCGGUGAAGAUCUGGAUUGUCAUGAUUGGUGCCGAGAGCUGAGGAAUGGGGUUGACGAUUUGCCAGGAACAGUUCAAUGCUUGCGUCGACUGAUUUUCGUGGAAGGGUGAGGGAGGAAGGGACAUUCAUUUCUUUUUAGGGUUUGGCGGUAUGGCUUGCAGGGAGAGCAAUGCUAGUGCGGCGAAGCUGAGCUAACUUGUGUUUGGGUUUGUGUCGAGUUGGUAAUCUUUGAGGGUGUCGGAGAGUGAGAGAAUGAACACGAACGGGAAAUCGCCUGCGCCAAGUGCGGUGCAACAGUGUGAUGGAUGGAGGGCGUGACUCUGAUUUAGAGUCAGGUUUAUACUCUCGUAGAUUACGCAAGAAGCGAUCACUCACGUUCCUUCAGAAGAUGAAGAUGUUGCCGUCGAUUGCAGCCAAGCGUUAUCACAAGCUCCCGGCGUCCUUUGUGGUCUCUGUCUCUCUUUGCGUGAGUGCCCUCCUGUUCGUGUCUGUUUUUAUGUACAUUCAAGCUUUCGGUACCCAGUUUUCGAGUGCUAGAGCAAACAGCCAGCUAUUCGCCGAGCACAACUCAUCCUACACAAAUCUCCGUAGUCUUGUGAUGGUCGCCGGGCAUGCAGUGUACACGAGCUCGAAAUGCGGCAAACCCGAAGAUGAAGACUCUUGGUUUCUGGAGCCCUAUCAGAAGCAUCCUGGCCAGGCAAGCACAUUCGUGGAACACAUCAAGUUGGGCGUAGAAGUCACCUCUCAAUUUGAAGAUUCAUUGCUCCUCUUCAGCGGAGGCGAGACGCGCAAGAAUGCGGGACCCAAAAGCGAAGGCCAGAGCUACUGGAACGUUGCGGAAUCCAAGGACUGGUUUGGCCACAACGAGAGCGUGCGAUGGCGUACUCUUACAGAAGAGUUCGCUCGCGAUAGCUUUGAGAAUCUUCUGUUUAGCAUGUGCCGAUUCAGGGAAUUGACGGGGCACUAUCCCGUGAAUAUCACCGUGGUCAGCUACGACUUCAAGCAGCGGAGGUUCACCGACUUCCAUCGCCGUGCGCUGCGGUUCCCAGAGUCGCGAUUCACUUUCCUCGGUGUCCCUUUAACGCCUGAAUCGCAGGAGGCAGCCAUUAAGGGGGAGGAGAAAGUACUGGAAAUGUUUCAGGAAGAUCCGUAUGGCUGCAAAGGAGAGUUGUGGAAGAAGAGAAUCUUUCGGGACCCAUUUGUUCGCUCUGUCCCUUACCCUACAGGAUGUUCGGAAUUACGAGGUCUAUUCAGCUAUUGUGGACCAGAUUACUACAUGGGCAGCCUUCCUUGGAUAUCCUGACCACGGGUUUGGAGUUAGGAAUGCAAGUUAUCACUGUUAUUUCUUCUUCAUCUCCCUCCGAUGAUACUUAUAUCACUGCACCAAUUUGCCUAUGUCGUUUCUAUCUACACGGACUUCUCCCUUACAGACAGCCACCCUUGAGCAAGAAAUCUUGAAGGAUGGAGCUAAUGUCAACAGCCAAACAUUCAUCAGGGCUUGUUUCAUGGUUGUUCUCUCCGUCACCGCUAGCACCACCAGUUUAUUACUACAAUUUUUUAUGUCAAGGAAACCAGGAUGAGAUGCCAGAUCUUGAAUUGGACACCUUAUAACCUUGUCCAAUCUUCUUUCUCGAAUAUUCAAUGCUGAAAACAAGCUGAUUUCUAUUAUGUAUGGUAAGAAUGCUAGCAGUUGCCUUCUGAGCACUGGUUCAGUGUCUUUAUACUGCGACGUUCAGUGAAGUAUUAUUUAUUCAAUUUGACUGCAUCAUAUAUUUUAGCAAUAAUGCUAGGGGCUCCUCUGCGAUGCUCAAUACUUGCUCUA